AGUAUCAGUUUUUUUAUUUUAAUAUCAAAUAACAAGUCGAGGUUGAUGUGGACGGUUACCUCACCAAGAUCCAAGGAAAUAACCAGCGAUUACGAGAAGUAUUCAUCUCCGGCGCCCCCACAAUCUCCGAAAGCUGAUCCAUCAAUCGGUCAAGUAACGCCGAGUUAUGGACCAUGGCAUCAACUCCUCCUGAAACUCAUGGGCUCAAAUGGAACGUGGAUGGAUCUUCCAUUGGUAAGCCUGGACCUGCUGGCAUUGGGGCCGGGUUUUCUUCGUGAUCACAAGGGAGUGGUGUAGUGUGUGUUUUCAAAGGAAGUACUUGAGAUUAAAGAAUCAACGAAGCAAAGCUGUUGGCAGUGAUUAAAGCAUUAGAACUAUCAUCUACUAGAGAGGAGUUUAUUGGGAGGAGAAUUGUAAUUGAAUCGGAUUCUUCCAAGGUGGUUAACUGGAUGUAGACCGUCGAGAUUUCAUGAGCUUUUCAUCCUCGCAUCCAGGUUCUCUCUAGUCUUGGGUUUGAUAACGUACUCUCACGCCUUGAGGGAGGGUAACUAUAUGGCAGAUGCUCUUGCAAAACAAGGCGUUAACCAAGUUUGUGAAUUGGUGGCUUGGCUUCGACACUUCAUAUAAUUAACCGGCCCAGAUUAUACCAUGUUGGCUGAUUUUGUGCUCUCUGCUGUGACUGGGUGUUGCGGACAACCUGUCCUUUUAUACUGCUUGUUUUUAUGGAGCUAUGGUGAUUACAUGGGAAGGACUCUGGUUUCAUGUAUACAGUUUAUGGCUUAAAGAAGUCGUUUGCUGGCUGAGAAUCUGAUGAAGAAUUAGGCAAGGGAUGGAUCUCUGACUGUAUUAAUUUUCUGCCUUUGGGUUAUCUUUUCUCCCACCUGGUCUCUUUUGUUUCUGUUGUAUCUGUUUCCAAUUGACCCUUGGGGUUGUUAAUUUCGCCUUUUCCAGGCUUGAUAUUGCUUAUAAGAAAAAAAAGGACCACAUUUCCAUGAUCAUUGGUAUUAGCAUUAUUUGUCUUGUGUUUAUUGGCAUGCCAUCUGCAUUUAACCUAGCUAGGAACUCCUCAUGUCUAAAUUUUCCGGGAGAAAGAAUGUAUUCUGUGCAAUAAUAGAAAUCGGAAAGAUUUAUUAUUUUUCUGGUUGUGGGUGCUGCAGGGACAUCUGUGGACAUACAGAUUCUGCAACAAUGUUUGGACUUCAUUUUACAGGAUGCUUUGUUUAAGAAUGAGAACUCCCAGGAGAAUGUUGGUCUGGUUAAAAUAGUGGCAUGUAACUCGAAGCUGCUGACACGAUGAGGUUGCAGAGAGCUGGUAUCUGCUGGAUGCAGAGGUGGAUGGCAGCAGGGAAGGUGGAUGACACAUACCCAUUAUGCUUUAGUGUCAUACAUUAGUAACAUGCCUAAGAAUAUGAAGAGCCCGAUGACGAGUGCUGUCUUCCUUGCCACUACUUUAGCCUUUGUUGGACUUAUAGCCAUUAAUGGCUCUCAAGCAAGGAUUUUACCAGAUAGCCUUGGACUCAAAGUAGCAACACUAGCUAAUUAUGGAAGACGUUAUAGCCCACCACCUCCAUCUCCGAUCCCUUCACCUAGAUCGAAGGAAUUAACCAGCAAUUACGAGAAGUAUUCAUCUCCGCCACCACAAUCUCCGAAAGCUGAUCCAUCAAUCGGUCAAGUGACGCCUAGUUAUGGACGGACCACGGCAUCACCUCCUCCACCUCCGAAACCUGCAACACCGAAAGCCCAGCUUGAGAUCAUUAGGUCUCAAUGCACUGAUGGGUGCAUUUCUAUGAUAACAAAUCUUGAAAGACCAAUACCAAGUUCACCUCCAUCUCCAAAGCCAGCACCUCCUUCAAGUCAGAUAACCUUUGAUCUUGAACCGAAAGUGCAUGCAAGAAUAUCACCACCAGGGCAAAAUGUAUUUUCAACUUGAGUUGGCUAGUAAUUUCCCCUACGGGAUCAUCUAAUUAAUAGAAUGGAUAGUUAACUAGGAGAGAAGAGAUUAAUUAGCAAAUAAGCAUGCUCUCGAGCUAUGGCAUGCAGUGACCAUUUCCCAUCUCUCUAGAGCAAGGUUCCGUAGGGUGAUGUUCUUGCUAGCUUGGCAAAUCUUAGUUCUCUCCUUGAUUAGCAUGGUGUUUUUAGUGAGAGCUAGCAGCAAGCGAGGAUAAAAGAAAGCAGUAUGUAUCUGAGUGAUUUUAGCUGGAAAAUCUUAUGCAUCCAAAUAAUGGCAGCGAAUGAUCAUGAAAUUAUAUAUAUAAUCCUUCUUGGUUUUUCUUCA